AACAAACACGAACCUGUGAUACGUUCGCGAGUGUUCUUCCUCUUCCUCGAUCGAACAGGCUUCGAAGGGCGAGAACUCGAAACCUCGUGGCCAUGGCGUCCUCGAUUUCUCCAGGACACUUGCGAAUUCCACAAUCUCUCUCGCUUUCCCCGCCGAAACCCAGGUCUCAACUUCUCGUUCCGCCUUCUUCUUCUGCUACUACUUCACUCGUCCGCUCUCCUUUCACUGCCGCUUCGAUUCGCUCUCGAGAAUUCGCCAGCCGGAGUGGCGUAGCCUGGUCGCGUGUCAUCGUAAGAGCCUCCGCCUCCGGAAUCAGUCCCGACAGCAGCGACGCUCUUGGGGAUGUUUGCAUUUUCACUGCCUCUGGCCAGCCCGUGAUGUUCAAGGAUCUCUGGGACCAAAAUGAGGGAAUGGCUGUUGUGGCGCUGUUGAGACACUUUGGUUGUCCUUGCUGCUGGGAGCUCGCUUUGGCUUUAAAAGAGUCGAAAGCCAAGUUCGACUCUGCUGGUGUGAAAUUGAUUGCUGUUGGUGUUGGGACUCCUGAUAAAGCUCACAUUCUUGCUGAACGGUUACCAUUCCCGAUGGAUUGCCUUUAUGCUGAUCCCGAGCACAAGUCGUAUGAUAUUCUGGGCUUGUAUUAUGGUCUUGGCCGCACAUUCUUCAAUCCAGCAAGCGCAAAGGUCUUUUCCAGGUUCGAUGCUCUUCAGAAAGCUGUGAAGAACUACACAAUCGAAGCGACUCCAGAUGACCGCAGUAGUGUCCUGCAACAGGGUGGGAUGUUUGUCUUCAAGGGUAAGGAAUUGUUAUAUGCCCGGAAAGACGAAGGGACCGGAGAUCAUGCCCCUCUAGAUGAUAUUUUGGAUAUCUGCUGCAGAGUCCCAGUAUCAUGAAGUUCUUGUAGAAAUAUGUAUCUACAAGAAUGAUCUUUCAGCUACUAUAAUUCACGGGAUGCUCGUUAGAUGCCAGCGUAAUAUUUCGAUUAUCGAUAGCCGCUGAUGUUGAUUGUACAAUCGGGGUUGGUAUUGAUUGCGUGAUUAUGGUGGAUUUUCUGGA